GGCAAGAGCAGCAGAGGACUGAAGAAGGGCAGCUUCACCCUGUAAAGAAAAGAGGAGGAAAAUCCAAAAGAAGCAAGAGGUGUUUGCCAUAAAGACAGGUAACAGCUGAAACUCUUUUCUGCUCAGCUUGUUGACUUAGUGGCUGUUUCUAAAAAAAAAGCUGCAGGUGUGGCUAGCUGAGAGGUGUUGGUUGUACCUGACUGCUCUGACCUGUGUGUCUGGGGUGGAGGCAAAGCAAGGAAGGAUCUAUAUGCUGUGAAUUUGAAAGUUACAGAAGGCAGGAAGGCUCUUCCUCCUCCUCCUCCCUUCCCCCAGGGGCUGCUCAUGGCAGGAGAGAGCCCCUCUUCAGACUGUUCUCAUCUUAUUGACCACAGCCACAUACCUGAAUUUGAGGUGUCUCUUUGGAUCAAGAUCUCUUUGGCCUCAGUGUAUGUCUGCAUCUUUGUUGCGGGCAUAUUGGGCAAUGGCAUCACCAUCAAGGCCACCAGGAUUCUGCAGCAGAAAGGCUACCUGCAGAAGGAAGUCACAGACCACAUGGUGAGCCUGGCCUGCUCUGACCUGCUGGUCAUCCUGCUGGGCAUGCCCAUGGAAUUCUUCAGUGCCAUCUGGAGCCCCUUUUCUACCCCCAGUGGCAAUGUGGCUUGCAAGCUCUACUAUUUCCUCUUUGAAGCCUGCAGUUAUGCCACCGUGCUGCACGUGGCCACCCUCAGCUUGGAGAGGUACGUGGCUGUCUGCCACCCCUUCAAGUUCAAAGCAGUCUCUGGGCCCCGCACGGUGAAGUUUCUCAUUGCCUUUGUCUGGGGAACAUCUCUCCUGGUGGCUCUGCCCCUGCCCUUUGCCAUGGGCACAGAAUAUCCUCUGGAAACCAUCGAGGGCUACCGAGGUCUGACUGGCUGUGCCAAGCCCGUGCCCAGGCACCACCUCCCUGAGCUGAAGCACAAUAUGACCAUCUGUACCAACCUCUCCUCCAAGUGGACUGUCUUUCAGGCCAGCAUCUUCAGUGCCUUUGCCUUGUACAUCAUAGUGCUGGGAUCUGUCACCUUCAUGUGCCACAGCAUGAUGAAAACCCUGAUGAUCCAGAAGGAAGGAACUGUGACUGUGAAGGGUGGGCCAAGACAACAGGAGAAGUACCUACGAAAAAGUGAGAGCUCAGAGGGCAAAAGCUCCAGGAGACAGAUCACUUUAUUCCUGGGACUGAUCGUUGCAACUCUGGCAGUCUGCUGGAUGCCAAACCAGGUCCGAAGGAUCAUGGCUGCUGCAAAACCAAAGCAGGACUGGACUGUCUCCUAUUUCAGAGCAUACAUCACUCUUCUUCCCAUUGCUGACAUCUUCUUUUACCUCAGCUCAGUGGUGAACCCCCUCCUGUACAACAUCUCCUCUCGGCAGUUCCGCAGCGUGUUCCUGCAGGUCCUCUGCUGCCGCCUGACCAUACAACAUGCCAACAAGGAGAAGUUCCUCAGAGCCAACCUCAGCUCCAGAGCAAGAAGCAGACGGUCUCUGCAGCCGCUGCUCUUCAUGUCAUCGAGGCACAAGUCUUCUACAAGGGGCAGUAACAAAGUUUCCUUAAGGACUUUUCCAAAGGAGACCAAGCCUGACUGCAGUCGGCAGAAACCGGGUCUUGAACCAGCGGAGCCCAGCUCAGAAGCACAAAACAGCCUUGGUGAGCGUCGAGUGUGACUUCAUAAGGCAAAGUUAAUGAUUAGCAAUGAACUUCAAAACAUGGAAAUUAAAAGGACUGAGGAACCAACUACAUCUUAAAAGGAGUAACGUGGAUGGAUUUGUUUCCAAUUACACAAACAGAGCAGGAGUUCCAUAUCCUGAUGCUGGGAUUGUUAAGUGCUCACUGGAAAACUAAUCUGCUAACUGAACUCAUUAGCUGCCAAAAAUAUUGCCCACCCCCCACCCCCCUUCUCCCCACAACCACAGAACUUCCCUUGCUGUUGACAGGGAUUUGGAAACAAACAGAAAAUAGUUGCAGUGUCUUUGAAGAAAGGAGGAGAAAGAACAAACUGUGUCAG